UCCGAGGCGCAGCCUAACAUAGUGAACCGACGAAGGUCCAAUGGAAAAAGACGACCAUGGGCGUAGACCAAUGACAAAGUGGUAGGGGCGGGCCCAAGGGAUGGGUCACGUUGGUUUGAGAGGCGGGUGGGUAUAAAAGUGCAAGGCGGGCGGCGGCGUCCGUCCGUACUGCAGAGCCGCUGCCGGAGAGUCGUUUUAAAGGGCCCGCGCGCCGCCGCCCCCUCGGCCCGCCAUGCUGCUAUCCGUGCCGCUGCUGCUCGGCCUCCUCGGCCUGGCCGUCGCCGAGCCUGCCGUCUACUUCAAGGAGCAGUUUCUGGACGGAGACGGGUGGACUUCCCGCUGGAUCGAAUCCAAACACAAGUCAGAUUUUGGCAAAUUCGUUCUUAGUUCCGGCAAGUUCUACGGUGACGAGGAGAAAGAUAAAGGUUUGCAGACAAGCCAGGAUGCACGCUUUUAUGCUCUGUCGUCCAGUUUCGAGCCUUUCAGCAACAAAGGCCAGACGCUGGUGGUGCAGUUCACGGUGAAACAUGAGCAGAACAUCGACUGUGGGGGCGGCUAUGUGAAGCUGUUUCCUAAUAGUUUGGACCAGACGGACAUGCACGGAGACUCAGAAUACAACAUCAUGUUUGGUCCCGACAUCUGUGGCCCUGGCACCAAGAAGGUUCAUGUCAUCUUCAACUACAAGGGCAAGAAUGUGCUGAUCAACAAGGACAUCCGUUGCAAGGAUGAUGAGUUUACACACCUGUACACACUGAUUGUGCGGCCAGACAACACCUAUGAGGUGAAGAUUGACAACAGCCAGGUGGAGUCCGGCUCCCUGGAAGACGAUUGGGACUUCCUGCCACCCAAGAAGAUAAAGGAUCCUGAUGCUUCAAAACCGGAAGACUGGGAUGAGCGGGCCAAGAUCGAUGAUCCCACAGACUCCAAGCCUGAGGACUGGGACAAGCCCGAGCAUAUCCCUGACCCUGAUGCUAAGAAGCCCGAGGACUGGGAUGAAGAGAUGGACGGAGAGUGGGAACCCCCAGUGAUUCAGAACCCUGAGUACAAGGGUGAGUGGAAGCCCCGGCAGAUCGACAACCCAGAUUACAAGGGCACUUGGAUCCACCCAGAAAUUGACAACCCCGAGUAUUCUCCUGAUCCCAGUAUCUAUGCCUAUGAUAACUUUGGCGUGCUGGGCCUGGACCUCUGGCAGGUCAAGUCUGGCACCAUCUUUGACAACUUCCUCAUCACCAACGAUGAGGCAUACGCUGAGGAGUUUGGCAACGAGACGUGGGGCGUAACAAAGGCAGCAGAGAAACAAAUGAAGGACAAACAGGACGAGGAGCAGAGGCUUAAGGAGGAGGAAGAAGACAAGAAACGCAAAGAGGAGGAGGAGGCAGAGGACAAGGAGGAUGAUGAGGACAAAGAUGAGGAUGAGGAGGAUGAGGAGGACAAGGAGGAAGAUGAGGAGGAAGAUGUCCCCAGCCAGGCCAAGGACGAGCUGUAGAGAGGCCUGCCUCCAGGGCUGGACUGAGGCCUGAGCGCUCCUGCCGCAGAGCUGGCCGCGCCAAAUAAUGUCUCUGUGAGACUCGAGAACUUUCAUUUUUUUCCAGGCUGGUUCGGAUUUGGGGUGGAUUUUGGUUUUGUUCCCCUCCUCCACUCUCCCCCACCCCCUCCCCGCCCCCCCUUUUUUUUUUUUUUAAACUGGUAUUUUAUCUUUGAUUCUCCUUCAGCCCUCACUCCUGGUUCUCAUCUUUCUUGAUCAACAUCUUUUCUUGCCUCUGUCCCCUUCUCUCAUCUCUUAGCCCCUCCAACCUGGGGGGCAGUGGUGUGGAGAAGCCACAGGCCUGAGAUUUCAUCUGCUCUCCUUCCUGGAGCCCAGAGGAGGGCAGCAGAAGGGGGUGGUGUCUCCAACCCCCCAGCACUGAGGAAGAACGGGGCUCUUCUCAUUUCACCCCUCCGUUUCUCCCCUGCCCCCAGGACUGGGCCACUUCUGGGUGGGGCAGUGGGUCCCAGAUUGGCUCACACUGAGAAUGUAAGAACUACAAACAAAAUUUCUAUUAAAUUAAAUUUUGUGUCUC